AUGGAUCACCAUUGUUCAUCGUUGUUUUCCCCUCCCGCUUACUGCAAUUCCUACUAUCCCCCGUUGCCGCCGCAGCCCGGGAGCCUGGCGACCAACCAGAUAGUGGCGAGGUUGAUGGCUCAGAUGAACUACGAGGAGGGCACCGGCCUCGGCAAGUACGGCCACGGGAUUAUCGAUCCCAUCAACCCGACCAAAAAGUACGGGAAAGGAGGCGUUGGCAAAUUCGAGUCGUCGUACGAUAGCGAUUCAGAUUACAACACAGGGCCGCCUGUAGAGCCCAAGCUCGAGCGGGGCACCGGCAAAGCAGAGCCGAAGGCUGUUGUCAAUGCCGAGGAGGUCCGCGCCAUGGACACGCUGCAGAGAGAACGCAAAGCCUAUGCCGCCGCGCGGGCGCGGGAGCGGCGCCACGAGAAGGAGGGGAUAACCUCCGGGUACACGGCCAUCAAGCGCGCCUUGAAGGUGGUCCGGGAGCAGAGCGAGUCGGGGAAGCUCACAUUGGGCGGCCUGAUCCAUGAGUUCGCGGGAGUGAAGGCGAAGUUCCCGGAGGAGUACAGGACGAACAGUAUGCCGUACAAGGCGAUCAGCUUCGCGGCGCCGCUGCUCCACUCGCAGCUGAGCCGGCAGUACAGCGCAGGUGAGUAUGGAGGCACGGAGCCGUUGCUGAACCGUACACUUGUCAUGGUAGAAGCGCUCAAGGACACGCUGGGAGCGGACGCAUCAGCGGCGUACCCUCGCCUGAUCCACGACCUCGUGAUGGCACCUCCCUUGGAUGCGUGGUGGUGGAGCGCUGCCUCCUUCUGCAAGCUACCAUGGAUUCCAUCCUGGAUGAGGUCAUCUUGCCCACGCUGGUAG